AAUAAGUAGUAGAAAGUUAUGUUGGUGCACACGUUCUACAACGAGCAGCUUUUUUUAGAAACAACUCGCGAUUCCACCAACAAUAUUGCAAUCACUAAGUGCAAACAGACAAAUUAAAUCAAUGAUCAAAUAAAUGAUUUGGAGUACAUAAAAAGAAAAAUAAAAGAAAAUGUGAUAAUAGAUUUAAAAUAUAAAAUACUCAAGUGGAAACUCAAAAAAUACUAAAAGUGUUUGGUCAAUAAAACUUUUUAAAAUCUUAGUAUGUUUAAAUAUUUAGUGUGUGUGAUUAUCACUAUUAGUGCUUUCGGUAAUUGUCAAGAUGACGAUGGCCCGUACCGUGGUAAACUCAUUGGCAAAUUGAAUUCCUAUCAUCAUCAAGUUUCCGGUGAUGUUUACGCAGUCGAUGAGUUCACGUUGUUACUCAUCGAUUUUAGUUAUGAUGGCAAUGGAGCCGAUACCUUCUUUUGGUCCGGCGCUGCCAAUCGGCCAGGUCCUCAAGGGUUCAUCGUACCUGACGAGUACAAUAAAACCAAUGUCUUAGAACGUUAUUUUAACAAAGACUUCACACUUACGUUGCCCGACAAGAAGAAAAUCACCGAAAUCAAAUGGUUUGCCAUUUAUGAUUUAUGGAGUCAGAACACGUUCGGAGAUGUUUACAUUCCAGAGGAGUUUGAACCGCCGGCGGUGCAAAAGAUUUCACAAUUGUCCGGGAAAUUAAACGGUGUGCGGUCAGAGAAUGUUGAAAUUGUUGAUUCGAAAACAAUCCGCUUGGUUGAUUUCUUCUAUGAUGGUCAGGGAAAAGAUGUGUAUUUUUGGGUGGGGGUUGGUCCCCAGCCAUCUUCAAAAGGGAACAAAGUGCCUAAUGAAUAUGGAUAUUUAGACUCAUUGAGGCAAUACAAAGGUGAAACAAUCACCCUAACUUUACCUGGUGAUAUGACAAUCUUCAACAUUGAUUGGUUCAGCGUAUUCGACCUGGAAACCAGCCAGAACCUGGGCUCAAUUAUCAUUCCAGACGGUUUGAAUGUACCGCCGUCGUUGGUAAAAGUAAUUCCGCACAAAGCAAGCCUGCCUAAUUGUCUCCAACUGCACAAAGACUUCCGAGUAUCGUGGGAGAUCUUUGGCCCGGCGGUAACCUUUGAAAUGGCUGGGCAGGUCAAAGAAGACGAAUAUAUUGCGUUUGGUUUGUCUGGAGCUCCUGACAAGUCGCAAAUGAUGGGCGCUGAUGUAGCAGUUGCCUAUAUCGACGGUCUGCAGGGACAUGUUGAUGAUUACAAUAUUACAGCACUCUCACCGUGUGUGAAAGUCCUGGGACAAUACAAAGGCGUAUGCAAAGAUGAAAUGGUCGGUGGCCAGAAUAACAAUCAACUGCACACAGCCAGCCGCGUUAAUGGCGUCAACAUCAUCACAUUUCGACGUUCGCUGAUUUCUUCCGAUGCUGGCGAUAAGGAAGUGCCUACUGAUACCGAAGCGUACAUUGUCUGGGCUAUCGGACGAUUGGAUGAUAACAAAGAGCCUGCAUUCCAUGAUAUCUACCCUAAAUCUAACAUCAAGGUGGCAUUCAAUAGUAGCGAACCGAUCAAUAAUUGUUUUGCAUUCACAAGCAAUCAAGAGGUCGUCCUGGAGCCUUGGGAACGUGGCCAGAUCUUCGACAGAACGAUAAGAACCUUUAACGCGUAUAUUGGACCCUCUGCUGGCAAAAAAGGUUAUCAAACAAUCGCUGGUCAACCUGCAACCAGCUUAUCCUGGUAUAUAAAUGGGUACCUCGCACCGGAAAUAUGGCUACGCCGAGGAUUGACUUACGCUUUCAAAGUAAAAGGUGGUAAUAAUCCACACAGCGCAGAAUAUUACCAUCCACUCGUCAUUACUGAUGAACCACAUGGCGGCUUCGAUAAACUUACCGAUGAUGCACAAUCCAAUGUGCGUGUACUUGCCGGUGUAGAAUACUCACGGCGUGGUCGUCCACGACCCACCGCAGCCGGGCCGCUCUGUCUAGCUAAACACCGCGAGUCUGCCGAUCGUCGACUGGACGAUACUUUCAUCACAUUCAAAAAAUACAACCGCAGCCUGAUAUAUAUGUGCGAAGAGGGACAGGCAGCAACAUUGGAGAUCACGCCAAAUACCUCUUGGCCGGACGUAGUCUACUAUAAUUCAUUUACGCAAGCGAACAUGGGCUGGCGCAUUCGCAUCGUCGACUCAUAUACACGCAGUCAUGGCUAUAGCGUAAACCACGCCACAUCACUCUUCGUUAUACUCGCGCUGUUUACGACAGCAUUUACGCAACUUAUGAGAUAACACAUUAAAAUUUAAGUACUAUAA